CAGAGUCAACUACAUCACUGGACCAUCGUAACGAUUCACCUCCAGUCUCCGUGAACGCGCCGUCGAGGACGUCGGUUACUGCGAAGAGAAGAAUUGUCCUCGAGAAUCGAUCGGAUGUCAGUCUUCUUUUACAUUUGUAAAAAUAAAAUUAUUGCCGACUCCGCAGAUUGAUAUUUGGAAUAAAGAAAUACAGUGCUUAAAGACGCGCGAGGAAAAAAAAAAGAAAGAAGCAAAGUCAAGAUUGGCGAAGUAGCAAUCUCACGAGAUAUCGACUCGACGAUUGUAGAAACUCGCUUGACCUGUUGCAACCUUGCCAAUAAAAUUAAUAUUGCGCAAAUUGCGAGCGAAUCUCGUUGGAAUUCCUCGAAAGGAAUACAGAGAUUUCUAAUACGAAUCGAGUUUGUAAUAAUCGAUCCUGUAAGUAUUAUAAAUAUCACAAUCCAUGCGUCAGGGUCAUCAAAAUAGGAUCAGGACUCGUCCAAAAUAUUUGACGAAGACAUAUGAUCGGCGGUACAUGGAGGUCGCUGAAUACAAAUUGUCAACCAACUUCAGGGUCGACAAAGUAAUGUCGAUGAGUUUAAUGCAUAAACCGUCUUUGAUAUCUGACGAACUCGAGUAAACGAAUUAACGGAACUAAUCAUCAACAGAUUAACCUACGUGAUUAAAUCAAAGACUAAAGAAAAAGUCGAGUUAAAGAAGAAUCGAUUUGGAUCAAUCCAGUCGCCAUCUGGAUUGCGGUGGAAAAUGCGUCUACUCAUGGAAGUUCUUAUUAUUCUCCUUGUAGGGGGUAUCGUGGCCGACUGGCCGAUCAACCCCCUGAUGAAAGUGUGGUACACAUUCCUCCCCCAUUCGCCGUCUAAAUCGUUGACCAACAAAGAAGACGACUGCGCCGGUUGCGCGCAGAAUAAAGUCAACGUGAUCGAUCCCGACCCGUUGUUGACCGAGCUGAGAGUGGAGUACGUGAAGCAGCAGAUCCUGAAGAAACUGCGACUAUCAAAGCCGCCUGAAGUCUCGAUGCCACUCUCGACCUUGCCUAAACCUUUGAUCAACGGCAAUGUGCUUCGACCCGAUUUAGAAAGACCGGCGGAGAACUUCUACGGAAAAACCAACCAGGUCGUUGUGUUCCCAACCGAAGGUGUAGCCGAUUCGACGAGAUAUCGUCAGAACUCGAAUCACAUAACGGGGUUCAAUCCGGCGGCCUGUUUCACAUUUUACCUGCCGAACGAGAUGCUGUACGUCGACGUGACCUCGGCAGAGCUUUGGUUCUACAAGGAACAGGUCGAGAACGACGAUGAGCUCAACCAGACAUUCGUGCUAUCCGAGCUCGAUCACUGGGACCAGGGCGGCAGAUUCGAAAAGAACACCGUCAUGGCAAUCUUCGAGACCGACAUCAGAGAGGGCUGGGUAAAGACAGACAUAAAAUUUAUGGUAAAGAAAUGGAUAAAUCGACAUGGACUGAACCACGCCAUUCAGAUAGCCUGCACGACUUGCUCGACCGACCGCGACAGAGCGCCGGUGUCCGUAGAGCAGACCCUGAAGCCCUUUCUGGUGAUUCAUACGGAGCCGUUGCCGCAACGAAAUAGGCCCAAGAGGCACUCGAAUUGCCAACUCGAAAUGACGGAGUGUUGUCGAGACGAACUCUACAUUAAUUUCAGAGAUAUCGGCUGGAGCGACUGGAUUUUACACCCCAGCGGGUAUCACGCGUAUUUCUGCCGAGGUUCUUGUUCCACGCCGACUGCCUUAACCGUCAGUGGCUCGCAAUACAACAACGUUAUCAUGAAGUUGUUGAGUAAGGAUAUGGGACAACAAAAGAACAAGAUAGUGCCAUGCUGCUCGCCGACGCAGCUCGCCCCGCUCCAACUACUCUACAUAGACACGAACAACACGAUCACACAGAAAACAUUACCGAACAUGGUGGUGGAGGCUUGCGGUUGCAUGUGACACCGCUGUCUCGAAGACAGAGCGUGAGUAGAAUCACUACUGGUGACGAC